AUGCCGCCAGCCGGAUCGUCCGCCAAGAAACCGUCGUUGAAGCAGCUUAUAGCUAGGCUUAUGGAGUCACAGUCUUUGCUGCAGGACAUUUGGGAAUUCAUCGAGAACUUCAAGGAGGAUACGAAGCUUUCUCAGGUGGAAGUCCGACUUGAGAAGUUGGAGAACAUUUGGGAUAAAUUUUCGGAAACGUUAGUCGAGAUCAAGUCCCAUGACGACUACAAGGAAGACGAGACUUAUGACAAGGAAAGGCGGGAGUUCAACAACCGGUUUUAUGAGGCUAAGUCUUUUCUCGUUGAUCAAGCGAAGGAAAGAAAGGAACCUUUGCUGCUAGACCAGAGUGUGCGGACACAUGACACUUCUGUGCAGGGUGCGCUGGACAACGUUCGCUUGCCCCAAAUCAAGCUACAAAGUUUCAACGGAGACAUCGACGAAUGGUUGAGUUUCCGAGACCUCUUCACCUCGCUCAUCCAUUGGAAGCCGGACCUGCCAGAAGUGGAAAAGUUCCAUUACUUAAAAGGAUGCCUUCAAGCGGAACCACAGAGCAUGAUCGAUCUGCUACAGUCCCUUUUGGAAGGAUUUGAGCGAAUUGUUCGAACUCUUGAUCAGGUUGUCCAGCCAGCGGAGUAUAAGGACUUGCUGCUGGUGAAUAUACUCACGUCACGCUUGGAUCCAGUGACACGGAGGGGAUGGGAAGAGUUUUCAUCGUCCAAAGAAACCGAUUCUCUAGAUGAACUGAGAGAGUUUCUCAACCGGCGAGUACACGUUCUGGAGUCAAUGCCAGCCAAAUCGCUGGACACUAGGGGUGUUCAGCAACCACCAGCGAAACAGAAGCCAUUCGUUUCACGAACAAGUUUUACUUCGGCUCAAGCGUCCGGGGGGCGCUGCGUAGCUUGUUCGGGAAAUCAUCCGCUGUUCCAGUGCAAUUCUUUCCAACGGUUAUCAGUCUCAGACAGGGACGGCCUGCUGAGAACUAUCUCCCUCUGCCGAAACUGCUUCAGGCCGGGGCAUUUGGCGCGGGAAUGCCAAUCCAAGUACUUGUGCAGGAACUGCAAGGGUCGUCAUCACAUCUUGGUUUGCUUUAAGCCAGAAAGGGGUGGUGAAGGCAAGGUCACAGCGGUUGCAAAGGGCAACAUUCCAUCUUCCAAAAAGGAAGGGCAAGGGGCUCCAAAUCUAAAUUCGUCUCAAAUGGCUAAUACGGCAGCCACGAAUACAACGGUUUCAAAUGCGGCACACCAAUACUCCUCUCAAGUCUUGCUGGCUACAGCAAUCAUCGUUAUGGUGGAUAACGAUGGUAACCAGCAUCUGGCACGUGCUCUUCUGGAUUCCGGCUUCGAGAGCAACUUUUAA